GGGUUGGGGUUAGGGCUGGUGGCCACGGCACGGGGCCAGUGGUGCGGAGGUGGUGGGGACUGGUGGGGACUGGGGGGCACUGGGAGGCACUGGGGGGCUCUGGGGGGGGUCCGGUUGUGCCCCGCGCCCCGGCCCAUUCACAAAUCCCUGCGCCACGCCCUGCGCUCCUAUUGGCUGGGAGGGGGCGGGCUGCAGCCAAUCAGAGAGGCGUCCUCCAAGUGUGUGUGUAUGGGGGGGGGGCAAACCCGAACUCUGCGUUCUGAUUGGUCAGAACCCGCCCCUAAAUUCACAUCCCGCGGGGGUGAGCUGCGGGGGGGGAUCCCAAUCCCAAUCCCAAUCCCAAUCCCAAUCCCAAUCCCAAUCCCAAUCCCAAUCCCAAUCCCAAUCCCAUCCCAUCCCUGCCCUGCCCCUGUCCCACCACCCCCUACCAGGGAUUUUGGGGGGGGGUCCCAGCCCCGCUGCCCCCUGUCAGGGAUUUUGGGGGGGGUCCCAGCCCCAGCGCUCCCCAGGCCCAGCGGAGCAUCGUGUGUCCCUCCCUGCGAGCCGGGGGGCUUUGUCCCCAUAUCCCAGGGGAUGGAAGCACCGACCCAUGCAGCCCCCACCCCACCCCCCCACCCCCCCAGCUGGCGGCGUGGGAGAGAUGUCAAUUAGCUGCCAAUUAAAUCUGGGUAAUCAGCAGCCCCGGGUGCUUCGUGGCAUUGAUCGUGGCAGCUGCGGCACGACCGCGUUAACCCUUCCCCAACCCUGACCCCAUUUGUUCUCUGUGUGCGUGGGGGGGUCCCUGUCCCCACCAGCCCCCACAUCUUCCCUCCCCACCUCCUCCGGGCAGGGCCAGAUGGGGCCCCCCCGCCCUCACCCAGCAUCUGGAGCCCCCGGCUAAGCCCCUGCUCCUGGCUCAUCCCCUUGGACGCUCGGCACAUCCAGGCGGUGCCGGGGGCUGGAGCUCCUCACCCCCACGUCCCCGUCCUCCUCCAGACUCUCCGGAUCCGGCCCCUGUCCUCAAAUCCCCUCCUGGCACGGGAACACCCCCAACCACGACGGCACCGUGCCAGGACCCGGCAGCCUGACGCAGAGGGGCAGAUGGGCCGAGCCCCCCUGCUUGGAUAGAGCCCCCCUUCCCCUCCCCAGCCAUCCUGCCCCAUACACGGCCCCCCCUGCACCCCCUGUCCCUCCGACAGCAUCCCUCCUGCUGCCGGGUGUCACCACCAGCGCUGGCACCAGCGUGAGCGUCGUGGCCACCUCGUGGGGUUUGCGCCUCGCUCAGUUUGGCACCAGAGCUGCAGCAACGCGGGUGCCGGCGCUGAUCCCAGCAGUUUAGGAUUAGCUGUGCCCAUGUCUGUGGGGUCUGUCCCCUGCUGUGUCCCAUGUGGGGGCUCCAAGCCCUGCUCCCCUACCCCGGGGGGGAUCAUUGGGGCCAGCAAACAAAAGUGGGGUUUGCUCAGGCUGCCCCAGCAGAUGUUCCCACACAGAGGGGUGCCCACCUCCCGCGCUGCCCAUCUGCUUCAGGGAUUAGGGCGACGACCCCAUCCCAUCCCCAUAUCCUCAUCUCCCCGCCCCGCAUCCCGCACAAGGGCUGCGGGGCCAAACUCCCCCCCACCCAAAAAACCCCACAAGAGCCCCCCGAGAGGUGGGCAAGGGGCCAGCGGAGGCCGUCCCCGGGCAGCCGCGCAGCACACGCAGCGCCUUGGCUGCAAAGGCUGGGAAAAGGGCAGGCAGUUCCUGCCGGAUGCCAUGGUGAUGGGAGGGCGAGGGCCGCAUGAAUGAAAACCCAAGAGCAGGGGGGAGCGGGGGGGGCCGCUCUGCGCUGUGCCCUGAAUGCAAAGACCCCACACAAAAGCGCCGUGGCCGUGCGCACCGUGGCGCACCGGUGCCGUGGGCGAGCGGUGCCGACCCCGCACCGUGCCCGGGGCUCACCGUGGGUACCCCCGGCACGACACCCCUGGGGGAUGUAGGACCAAAAGAGGGGGGUCAGGGUGGGAUGGAUUGGGGCUGGGAGCCGUUCCCCUGGUAACGGCGGGUCCCAGUUUCCACCAAUCGAUGUGGCGGCGCGGGCUGGGAGGGCUGGGAGGGCUCGUGGCCUACAUAAGCCCCGGCGGGCACCGCGCGCCCGCGCCGCCGGCAGAUGCUCUUGCGAAGCCAUGGGGAGGCUGACGGGCGCACGGCCCGCUGCCACCCACCGCUGGGGCUCCACGGCCACUGCCUUCCUCCUCCUCCUCCUCACCGUGCAGGCUGCCCAGAGAGCCGAGCUCGGCGGCGAUGCCACGGCUGCCACCAUCAACCACUCGCUGACGCUGCUGCAGCGGCUGCAGGAGCUGCUGCAGAACGGCAACAGCAGCGACUCGGUGCUGCGGGUGCGCACGGCUGCCUCCGACGAGGCCAAGGUCUUCCACACCCACCAGCUGCUGCUCAGCCUCCAGAGCGAGGUUUUUGAGGGUCUCCUGCGCAACCAGAGCGUCCUCACCCUGCACGAGCCCCCCGAGACCGCCGCGCUCUUCGAGAAGUUCAUCAGGUACCUGUACUGCGGGGGGGUCUCCAUCCUGCUGCACCAGGCCAUCCCCAUGCACCAGCUGGCCAGCAAAUACCGGGUGUGGGGGCUGCAGCGCGGCGUGGCCGACUACAUGAGGAGCCACCUGGCCAGCGAGUCGAGCCAGGGCCACGUGGUGGGCUGGUACCACUACGCCGUGCGCGUCGGGGACGCGGCGCUGCAGGAGAGCUGCCUCCAGUUCCUGGCUUGGAACCUUUCGGCCGUGCUGAGCAGCGCCGAGUGGGCUUCGGUCAGCGUGGAGCUGCUGCUGCUGCUGCUGGAGCGCUCCGACCUGGUGCUGCACAGCGAGCUGGAGCUCUACACCGCCGUGGAGAGCUGGCUGAGCCGGCGGCAGCCCGAGGAGGCGGUGGCCGAGCGGGUGCUGCGCGCCAUCCGCUACCCCAUGAUCGCCCCCAGCCAGCUGUUCCGGCUGCAGGCGCAGUCGGCGGUGCUGGCGCGGCACCACGGCGCCGUGCGGGACCUCCUGUUCCAAGCCUUCCAGUUCCACGCCGCCUCCCCCCUGCACUUCGCCAAGUAUUUCGACGUCAACUGCAGCAUGUUCCUGCCCCGCAACUACCUCGCGCCCAGCUGGGGCUCCCAGUGGGUCAUCAACAACCCGGCGCGGGACGACCGCAGCACCAGUUUCCAGACCCAACUGGGGCCCAGCAGCCACGACGCCGGCAAGAGGCUGACCUGGAACGCGCUCUUCUCGCCGCGCUGGCUGCCCGUCAGCCUGCGCCCCGUCUACUCGGACUCGGUGUCGGGCGCCGUCCAAGCGGCGCGCAUCGAGGACGGCCGCCCGCGCCUCGUCGUCACCCCGGCCAUGAGCAGCCCCGAUUUUGCCGGCGUCAGCUUCCAAAAAACGGUGCUGGUGGGCGUGCGGCAGCAGGGCCGCGUGCUGGUCAAGCACGCCUACAGCUUCCACCAGAGCUCGGACGAGGCGGCCGAUUUCCUCGCCCACGCCGACCUGCAGAAGCGCACCUCCGAGUACCUCAUCGACAACUCCCUGCACCUGCACAUCAUCGUCAAGCCCGUCUACCACUCCCUCAUCAAGGCCAAGAAGUAGCGGGCACCAGCCCUGCCCCGCUGCCGCCGGACUGGGUGCGCGGGGCUCUGCCUCUCCACCCCCCCGACCCCCUCCCCGUUUUGUAGGUAGACAGAGGUCCCCGUGCCGGGGGUGCCCACCCCUGCCCGGCCGUCCCAGUGCCACCCCGAUGUCUCCGUUGCCAUCCCUGGGUGCCUGCAGGGAGCUCUGGAAAUGCACAGCCGGGGGCUCAGCCUGUGCUGUGCCAAGGAGCACUGGGGGGGGACAGGGACAGCCCCCGUAGUGCCACCCCGCAGCCCUCACGGUCACAGCUCGGAGCGUGGCAGGGCAGGGGGGUCCCCGCUGCCUCCCCCGGCAGAGGACACUUGUGGGGUGCUGCCCCCACUCGCAGCCUGCAGCCACCUCACCCCUGCCUGGGCACCCCUUACCCCUUCCUAAUAAAAGCAGAAAACAAGCA